GGCGCGAACAACAAACGAGGACUAGUACCACACAAGCAUAAAAAUAUCCUUCGGAUGUCAGUAAAACCUGUUUGCUGAUAGUGAAUAUUAUUGCGAAAAGUUUGGAAUAAACCAAAAAUAUGAUUCAUACCUACAUAGGUAGCUUGAAAUUAUUCGAUGACAAUGUACAAGCUCAUAACAUCGAUAAAGUGAUUUAGAACAAACGUCAAUUAAUUAAAAAUGUUAACAAGGAAGUUGCAUUCAAAAUAUUGUGAUGUGCGAGAGUUACACGAAGAGUAAACCAAGUAUUCUAUGAAAUAAAGAAGCCAUCUAACACCAACUAUAUUACAAGAAAAAUGUGUUAAACGUAAAACACUCAAAUAAAGAACUGCAUGAGCUUGCAACAAAGCAAAAAUAAACAAUAAAGAAGCGCAAAAAAAUAUUAUAAAAUAAAUCAAAAAUUAAAAAAAGUGAAAUAAUUUAGCAUGGAGAAUCUCGGUUACAAGGAGGGCACUGCGAAACCGCGACGUAUGGCACGCUCGAUCAGCGUGGUGACAAAAAGCGAGCUGGAACAGCCAUUGACCGGUAAUAAUGCCAGAUUCAAAUCGAUACCGCCAAAUUUAAUGGUACGAUGGCGCAACAAUAAUGUGGACGCCAUGAUCGAGGCCCAAUAUCCGACACCCGGUGAAUUCGAGUAUAUGGAGUGCGGACCCUCGCCGCCAGCCGAAAGUGCGCCCAGCAUGUAUGAUAGCUUCGAGGAACCCACCAGCGAGCUAAGCGUACAAAUAUGCAACGACACUCUGCGCAUUAGUCUGAUCGAUCAGAUGAAGAGCACAGCUGGACGUGUGCGUUUCCUAGAGGAUAUCGAACAGGGCAAUGUGAUUAAAGACAAUACCAAAACGCAUUUCGAGUCAGCGUCGAAACUCGAAAAGAAUCUCAGCUUCUUGUGGGCAGCAUUCUUGAAACGUUGGGACUUGCUGCAGAGUUUCCUAGACAUUGGCGCCGAAUUGAAUUUCUGCGACCAAAAUGGCUUUUCAGCCUUGCACUUGGGCGCCUUCAGCGGUUGCCUAUCGACGCUAAGUUUCCUGGUCGGCCAGUCUAUGAAUGUGAACCUACAAUCAAAAUGUUAUACGCCACUACAUUGUGCAGCCUUCGGAAAUUCCGCCGAAGCGGCCAAAUUUCUAAUCAACAAUGGUGCACUUGUCACCAUCGAUACCAACAAACCCAACUGUGAGGAGAGUCUAUUGCACUGUGCUGUGCGCGCCAAUGCGCUCGAAUGCGUGAAGCUGUUCAUUGUGGAGGGUGCAGAUGUGAAUUCCUUGAAGCCGAAUGGCACCAAUGCCAUACACCUGGCUGCAGAUUUAGGUAACGCGCAGUGCUUGGAGGCGUUGCUGAAUGCACCUGGUGCCGAUGCCAAUGUGCGAAUCUGCAUACGGGAAAAGGAGUCGACAGCAUUGCAUUUGGCUGCGGAUGAAGGCAAUGUGGAAUGUGUCGAUCUGCUGUUAGCAAAGGGCGCAGAUGCGAAAUUGAAAAAUCAUCGCGGGUUUACAGCAUUGCAUUUGGCGGCGCGCACCUCUAGUCUCGAAUGUGUCGAAUCACUUUUGCGUAACGGCAAUGCCGAUCCCAAUGCCGAAGACUUCGAUCAUCGUACGCCUUUGCAUGCGGCGGUCGGCAAAUCGGAAAAUGCCUUUGAUAUACUCGAGACACUGAUACAAUGGGGUGCCAAUGUAAAUCACAAAGAUAUUUAUGGCUUUACCGCUUUACAUUUAGCUGCGCUCGACGGGUUGGCGCAAUGCGUAGAAAUGCUGAUCUUUCACGGCGCAGAUGUGACAACGAAAUCGAAGAAGGGCACUUCGGCCUUGAAUGUCAUCACGCGUAAGACGCCCGCUUCGGUGGCGAUGAUACGGCAGAAGCUCGAUGCCGCCAUUACGUUGCACCACUCUCAGGACCCGGUUAAUCGCGAGGUUGAGUUAGAACUAGACUUUCGCCAGUUGUUGCAACACUGUCAUCCGCGCGAGAUAAGCUACCUGAAUACAUUUGUGGACGAAGGCCAGAAGGAAAUACUCGAGCAUCCAUUGUGCUCCUCAUUUUUGUACAUCAAAUGGGGUAAAAUACGUAAAUACUAUGUUGGUCGGCUUAUCUUCUGCUUCACAUUCGUGCUCUUUCUCACACUCUACGUACUCACGGCACUCGCACAUAAUUGUUACAACGGUAGCAAGGAUGAUAACACGACUAUACAGGCUCAAGAGCUCUGUCAAAAGCAGUCUAUACUCGGCGAUAUGCUGCGCAAUAAUCCCUUCGUUAUAGAAAUGCAAUGGUGGGUACUGGUCGCUAUUACAGUCGUUGAGAUAUUUCGUAAACUCUACGGAAUAACCGGUUAUUCAACGUUCAAACACUAUGUGACGCAGGUGGAAAACAUUAUGGAAUGGUUCGUCAUAACUAGUGUCUUCAUCAUUUCCCACAUAUACACGAACAAGACAUACACCUUUCAGAACCACAUAGGCGCUUUUGCGGUGUUGUUGGGUUGGACAAAUCUAAUGUUGAUGAUUGGUCAAUUGCCAGUCUUCGAUGUCUAUGUGGCGAUGUACACACGAGUCCAAGGUGAAUUCGCGAAACUCUUCAUGGCUUACUCGUGUAUGUUGAUCGGUUUCACGAUCAGCUUUUGUGUGAUCUUUCCUUCAUCUUCUUCAUUCGCCAACCCCUUCAUGGGAUUCAUCACUGUACUAGUAAUGAUGAUCGGCGAACAAGAUCUUUCGUUGUUGAUCAACGAUCCUGAUGGCAAGGAUCCACCUUUCUUAUUAGAGGUGAGCGCACAGAUCACCUUUGUGCUCUUUUUACUCUUCGUGACAAUCAUACUAAUGAACUUGUUGGUCGGCAUUGCCGUGCACGACAUACAAGGCUUGAAGAAGACCGCAGGCCUCUCGAAAUUAGUGCGCCAAACGAAACUCAUAUCCUACAUAGAGUCCGCACUCUUCAACGGUUAUCUACCGCCCUGGCUACGCAAUCUCUUACACUACACGGCACUUGUAUCUCCGCAGGCCUAUCGCGUCGUGUUGUGCGUGAAACCGCUGAAUCCCAGCGAAAAGCGUUUACCACGUGAAAUACUAAUGAAGGCCUACGAAGUGGGAAAAAUGCGAAAACAUUUCGGACAUACAAUUUCGGCGAAGGGUACUGCCGCGACUUAUUUGCAAUAUAAGAACAAAUACAAUGACAAUCAAACGCAGAACUAUUCGAUGAAUGAUAUGGAAACGGUACAUUUUAACACGCUAACGACGAAAAUCGACGAAAAUGCGGAACGCAUUGAAUUCCUCACGCAAGAAAUUCAGGAACUGAAGCAAGCGCUCAUCACGCAACAGCAGCAGGCGAGCAAAGUUAUCGAUAAGCUAUUGAUUGUGAUUUCUAAUCAGCAAAAGAAUAAUUUAAGGAAAUAAUUGAGAGGAACAGUUUGAGCGAAUUUCAGAUAAUAUGGAAUAUAUAAGAUUCUCUAGUUACUAUAUCAUUAUUAAUAAUAUAUACAUAUGUAUUUGGAUGUAUGUAUGUAGUAAAUAAACGCGUUAUUUAUUUAGUGCUGUGAAGGCGAAGGUGGGCAUGAGCUGAUGGAUAAUUAGAUAAUGUAAACAUGGCAUUAUAAAGUAGUUAGUUGUUAAUAUAUAUAUAAAUAUACAUAUAACAUAUGAGUAUUAAUAAUAUUUUUACUUAUUUACAUUUCAUACCUAUGUACUAUGUAUAUUAUGUAAAACUUUGUUUCGGAACUUUUCGGCAAAAACGCGAAUUGGCAAUGUCAUUCUGUAGAACUUGGAUAAAGUAGACGAAGAUAAAAGACCAAUGCAGUAUUGAAUAAAGCGAUUGAAAACUGUU